AUUACAGGUACCUACCCCGUGCAUCGCAGCGACAGUGGCUGCUGUACGGGAUGAUCACCUGUGAAGUGAGAAGGAACGAUGGUGACGUCUAUCUCAGCCAACGCAGCGGGCAACAUAGUAGGUGGUCUGAGUGCUGAGCUAAUGUGCUCGAGGCUAUCACGGAUGUUUUACGAGGCUCCUGAAAGAGGUACCGUAUAUUCUUGGGAAAUUGAGCUGACCCUACUGCAAAUGCUAAGGCUAGCAACCAAUCCCAGCCUUACUCUGUCCUACCUGCUUCAACUUUCCAUGCGAUGUAAUGUCGAAGCAUACGGUUUGAAGUGGGCGGGACACUGAAUAGAUACGUUAGACUCGCAGUAGGGUCGGCUCAAUUUCCCAAGAAUAUACGGUAGGUGCUGUUGUCUAAGGGUAUCACAAGGAAGGUGCAUGGACCAGCAGG